AUGAAGACAUCAGCCUUCCAUCAAAUAUACAUUCUCCAACUUGUUGCCAUUGGCAAUCUUGUUGGAUCUGUUCUUAGCUUUGUUCCAAGAAGUCAAGGAAAGAUACGGUCUAUUGCAAUCCAUUCAUACGAUCCCUAUCAGCACAAUGAUGACCACGGUCAUGAUCCUUUCAUGCGUAAUAAAGAGAGGACUGAUAUUAGGAAUCUGUUGACACAGAGGUCUUUACAAUCCUUUGUUUUUCUUCUAAACAGCGUUCGAGAUGUCCACACAGCAAAAUGGCUUGAGAAAGUAUUCGAUUUCAAGAACCUUGACAAUUUCCAUGGAACUGGGGCGCUCAACAUCACAAAGUACCCUGGUUGGGAUUCCCCAUUUCUUGAACUCAUCACCAUGGACUCGGAAGUUGUCGUCGUCGAAACAAGUCCAACGGCAAGCCAGAAUCGUCGUCGGGGAUGGUCGAACAAAGCUGGAUACCUAGAUAACCUCAGCCAGAAGAAACAGCUCGAUGACUGCUUUCAGAAGACCUCUUCUUCGUCGUCGUCUUCAGCCAAGAAGAAGGACGAACAGAAAUCAACACAAAAAGUUCGUGGUUUUCGCAUUGGAUCUUAUUUGGACAAUCUUGGUGGAAGCCAGCCAGACGAUGAACCUUCCAAGGAAGAGUCGUCAACUCCAAAGGUACCAUCCAAACCAAAACCAUGCACGACCCCUAAACUAAGGGCCAGCAGCGCCAACUACCUGGAAGGUUUGAGCAAUGGGAAUGCAGAACUGCCAACUGAGAAAAAGGAGAAAGCAGCAGAAGAAAAUCCAUACCUCGAAGAAAAAUCUGUUGGAUAUGAGAUUGAUAUUGACCCAGCGUCGUUGGUGAACCGUAUAAUCUCUGUUCGAGAGCAGAUAUCAAAGGAAUGGGCCACAGAUCUAGAAACUCUUUUUCUGACGAACGAUGAAAUUCUAACCUCAUAUUUGGACCAGCAGAUGGACUCUCGAGAGCAAGAGGAAGAACAUAUUGAAGACCAUGAGGACUCAGUCAAGUCUUCCUUCAACUCCAGUGCACUAUUCUUCCUUACGAAUUCGUUGGGGACUCAAGAUCGCGAUUCAUCGCCCUUCCGAAGAUCGAACUUUGACUUGCUCCUAUUACUCUCUACCCAAGAAAGUAUCCAUCGGGUGCUUCGAGAUUAUUCGCUGAUGGAAGACGAAGAUAACUUUGAUUGGUUGAUGGAAUUUUACACUGAUCGUGUUAGUGAGUUUUUUGAUGGUCAUGGCCAAGCCUAUGGACGAGCCGAUGAUUUUUUGAAGCAAUUGAUUGAAUCGCCACCAGUAGCAAGACGAACAAGUACUGACGAUAUCUCCUUCGUUGAUCCAAUGAAGAUGAUUGAAGAUAUUAUCCGUGAGCGCUCAGAAGUCGCUCGCGAGUGGAAAGAAGUCACUUCCAGUAUUUCACAUGAUCAUACUGACCUCAGGAGAUUGCUCCUAACGAGAAGAAUGAUCGAAGCUGACGACGAUACCAGUGGUAUUCGGAAAUUCCCAAAUUUGCCAAAGAACAAGAAGAACUCGAAAGGUGAAAUUUACGAAGCUGGAGUAUUUGAGUGA